AUGCUCGGCUGCUCGUCCGCUUUCGCCUCGAUACGCGGGCCACUGGCCGGGCUGCGGCCAUCGUUGGGCACGUCGUCGAGCCUGGUCGUGGCCCGUACAGCUGCACGCUCAGCGCCAAUACGGCCCACUUGCCAGGUAGUUGAACGGCGCUGCUACUCGAGCGGAACCGACAAGGAUCAGCAGACCGCCUCGAUGGGCCCGCCAGAGUCUUACGUCUCGCUCUCGACGGACCCCUUCUUCAACCUGGCGUUCGAGGACCACCUCUUCCGCACGCGACCACCACAGACGCCCGUCUGCCUCAUCUACCGCAACUCUCCCUGCGUCGUCGUCGGGCGAAAUCAGAACCCGUGGAAGGAGCUCAACGCCGCGGCGAUGCGCGAUGCCGCCAUCCCCCUCGUACGGCGCCAGAGCGGCGGCGGCACCGUCUACCACGAUCUCGGCAACACCAACUACAGCUUCCACACGCCGCGCGAGAGCUUCGACCGGCGCACCCACGCCGAGCUCAUGGUGCGCGCGCUCAACUCGGAGCCCGUUUCGCUCGUCUCGUCGACGUCGCGGGUGGCCAGCAACCGCGGCGCCUACGUCAACGGCAGAGGCGACAUCUGCAUCUCGGUGCGGCCCUCGUUCCCAGUCCCACCCUCGACGGGCAGCGACGCUGCGACCGAGUGGGAAGAGCGCAAGAUUUCGGGAUCGGCGUACAAGCUGGUCAAUACGCGGGCGUACCACCACGGCACGAUGCUCCUCUCGGCCUCGCUCUCGUCGCUGGGCUCGUCGCUGCACAACUUGCGCGGCGACGCGCUCGUGACCAAGGGCGUCGCUUCGGUGCGGGCCAAGGUGGCCAACCUGACCGACGCCUUCCCGGACCGUGCCAGUGUGCUCGACCACGAUACCGUGGCGCGCUCGGCCGUGGCCGAGUUCUGGCAGACGUACGCCGGCAAGCGUGGAGAGACGGACCUGGUCGACGAGCGGCUGCUCGACGCGCCCGAGCUCAACGAGGGACGGUGGAAGCUGCGCGAGUCCUACGACGAGCUGCGAAGCUGGGGUUGGGUGUGGGGCCAGACGCCCGAGUUUACCCAUCGAGUCGCCUUCGACGGCAGCAGCAGCGGGGCGGCGGCGGCGACGAGCGGGCUGCGCUUCCAGCUCGAGGUGCACAGCAAGAACGGCAUCAUCCUAGACGCCAAGGUCGAGCAGCUCGAGGCGCGGUCAGACGAGGCGGGCCGCGAGGCGCGCAAGACGAUAGAGGCGCUGCGCGGGCAGCGGUACGACGAGUAUGCCGUCACGCCGCCGUGGGCGCAGGAUCCCGAGGGGCGAUCGCAGUCGAGGCUCGUGCCGUCCAGCGAGGUCGAAGCCGACAUCUUCCGGUGGCUGCGAAAGGUGCUCUAA